AUUCGAGGCGCCCCUCUGUAGCAGGGCUUCAAGACGCCAUUAGCGCAGCCACAGACUACUGGAAAUGGCAACGCCCGGCCUUACGCUCCCCUCCACGGGCUCUUGCGACAGUCCGUUAGCGUCACGCCAUGCCGUUCCAGCGUACGCGUCCCAGCUCCGGGCUUACGUAGCGUCCCGAUUCGAGGCCGUCGAUCACCUAAGCAAGGCUGGCCUCACACAAUUGAGAGUCCUUUGAGAGGAGUGCAAAAAUAUGGCUGUAGCCAAUGGCGUUUACAGCCCGACGAACCAUUUCUUUUUGCUGCUUAGUUGACGUUUACGUCACUUAUUUGCUGGCGACGCGCACUUGCGGCUCAACUGUGAUGCUUCAACUUUUUAUUCUUCGAGGUACUCACUAGUUUCAGCACCAGGUCCCCCAUUGUCACCCCUAUCUCCAGCUUCCAUCAAUCAGCCUGCUGCAGCAGUGCUACACCUUCAUCAUGGUUGCAACGGCCAGCGACGAGCAGAUGCCUCUGCUUAAUCAAAAUGGCGACGACAUGCCACAAUCAAAAGCAUUGAGCAAGAGGCAUAGAAACACUGUCCUGCUUAUUACUUUUAUUAUUAUUGUCGUUGCCGACCUUGGCGCUGGUAUGUUUGUAGCGCCGACAAUGGAGCUUCUUGAGGAUGCCAUCUGCCGCAAAUACUACCACGAUAUCACGGUGGGCAACGAUGGACGAUGCAAAGGCGACGAUAUCCAGAAAGAGCUUGUAACCCUCAAUUCAUGGACCUCCACUUUUCUUCUCUUGCCUGGCGUCUUCUUCGCCAUGCCCUACGGCGUCUUAGCCGAUUCUCUGGGCCGACGGAUCAGCCUCUUCCUAGCACUCGCUGGCGUCAUUCUUAUGUUUACCGUGCAGUUCAUCAUCAUAUAUUUCAAAGACUAUGUAGACCUUCGAUGGAUAUGGGCAACCGGCCUAAUCACCGCGAUUGGUGGUGGAAAUGUUGUAUUGCAGUCGACCGUUUUUGCUAUUAUCAACGACGUGGCGUCUCCAGAAAACAGGUCUAUCAUCUUUUUCUAUGCAGGCAGUGCAACCAUGGGGGCGAUGAUGUGCUCAGGGCCGCUGGCGUACUCUGCCAUGCAAAUCAGCCCUUGGUUUUGUGUCUCCGUAGGGGUAACACUAUGCACACUCAGUCUACCUUUAAUUUUCUUUCUACCUGAGACAAGACAACUUACAGCCAAGGCAGCCAGCCAUCUGGUUCCUGAAGAAGAUAGCGAACCGUCACAUGGAUCCAACAUUUCCUGGGUUGAGAGCGCCCACCGGGAGUUGCCUGCCCUAGUACGAUACCAGUUCUGGGACAACAAGUUGCUAGGCACUUGCUUAGUAGUCAUUAUGUUUACCACGCUUGGGAAAUCUAUGUCAGCUAUUUUGCUUCAAUACGCCACGAAACGUUUUGGAUGGAAAUGGGAAGAGGCCAAUCUUUUGGAUUCGUUGAAGAUAGGUGUGGCUAUUGUCAUGACAGGGCUCGUUAUGCCAGCGGCAAGUGUGUAUAUGCGAAAAAAUCUGAGAUUGUCGUUGAUUGGCAAGGACUUGUGGCUUGUACGACUAAGCUUUGCUGUCCUAUUGGUGGGCAGUCUCGCCGUAGGUCUGUCACCUACCCCGGCAACGUUGAUCGCCAGUUUGGUCAUAUACGCUAUUGGAAGCGGCAACGAACUAGCUAUGCGCGGUCUAAUCUCCCAAGCUGCAGGUGACAGAGUGGCUACUGUCUUCACGACCAUGGGCGUCCUGGAGAAUAUUGGUAUUGCCACAUCUGGCCCAGUCUUAACUGCAGUGUAUAAACUGGGCAUUCAGCUAAAGGGCGGGUGGCUUGCAUUGCCCUUUUUCUUGGCAGCUUUCAUCUUCCUUAUCGCAAACGGUAUCUUCUUUUCAAUUCCUAGCCGGAGAUUUGAAAGCCUCAUGGCAAACCCGACGGAAAGGACAGAAGAAGAUGCGUGAAAUUGUUCAGCUAGCAACGUUAAUUUACUACUAAAAUUUGCAAAUUUACAUUGAAAUUAUUACUGUUAAACAUUCCG